GUUUGAAUUUGCAUCAAUAAUUCUUCGGAAAAGCAUCRUCGCUCGGAAGAUCAUCGGCUGACAAUCGGACGGGGUCAAAUCAAAUUUCUCUAUGAACUUGAAUAGAAUCCAAUGAAGCAUGCAGUCCAAACAAAGCGAGUUGUAAUAACCYAUUACGAUGUAUUGUCGAACCAGUCUGUAUCCAAGCGAACUGUGCUAUCAUGGAGGUUCAACGCAAACCUCAUGUCAACAACUUUAUCGCGGUUCCAUUGACUUCUAUUUAUGCUCAAAGUUGGCCUAUCCCAAACCCGGAUGUCAUGGUAACAAAAAACUCCUUCUCAAGUGGACGAAGCUUGAAUGAUUCUUGGAUUCGCCCUCCAGUGAAACAAAGCAGAGCUCUUUCUUCACACCGAAUGGAAAAUCGCGCUCAAAGUGCUCCUCUUACUAGAGAGAAGAGCCCUAGGAAAUCAAGAUCAUCAGUGUUUGAUAGCGACGAUGAUGAGAUUGGAGAUACUGUUCAGGAAUUCAAAUUAACUUUGCARCUAUUCAAAAGGCUUACUAAACAAGUCAGAGAGGUAAACCAGUACAUGAACAACCAACGUUUAUACAGCUUCAAGCACCAUCUUAACAAUGAAGGCAUAGCAAGCCCUGCACUGCGAAGAAGCCAGUUAGCUGUAGCACUCAGUAGAAACAGAGAGAUCCCUGCCACUCAAGCACCUAAUGARCCAAUCACUGACCUGGGACCUGCGUCAAUUACCAGGCCAGUGAGUCGUCAAGAGAGGGAUUCUCAAUCUGUUUCAUCAGGUCCUCGUCCUUCAUCAUCCAUUUCAUCGAGGCCAAACUCAUCAGCAAGUCGCGUCUACCAUAGACAAGUCAGUGCAAAGAGAUCAGCCAGUGCAAAGGCCAUGGAAAAACAGAAGGAAAAGGAACUCAGGGAAGCUGAUGACCUAGCAAAGGAACAGUGGAUCAAAGAUGAUGAAGGCUUUGAAGAACUCUUUGUUCCAGAAGAAAUUGACAUUGAGAACAUGGCSUUUAGAUUCCAUGAUCCAUACCCCAAAACAUGGGUUGACGAGACUGUUGAGGAUGUKUUAUUUAGAGGGAAAAGAAAAGUUGAUCCAUUUAUGCAUAGACUUGACGAACUAGAGGACCUUCAAGAGGAAACAGUUUUAUGGGAAAAAAUAAGAGACGAAAAAACAAAGCCAACUUUUACACAUUUACAAGUGAAAAAUGCCUUGAAAACGUCACGAGGAAGUUCUGCCAAAUGUCAAACUGGGUUAUCACGAGCAAAAUCACCAGGGAAYAAGAUUAAGAGAGCCACUUCGGCAGGGCGUGGCAGCACAACCUCAAUUGGARUAUCUGGGUCAGAGGAAUCUGAUAUUCCUACUUUUCGGAACAGUGGGUACGACAUGGGUGUGUCUUUCGAACUUGGGUCAAUGUACCCAGAAACACGUCCUAAGUUAAAAGAUAAGAAAACAGACGCAGAUCAUGCCAUUCAAACAACAAAAGUGCUUGUGCCGAAAGCGAAACCACGAUCUCCACAGUGCGAGGCAUGCCAUUAUAAAAAGACGGUGAAGAAACACAGGAAUUGCAAAARUGCAAUACCAACAUUAAAAGCCAUGCGAGCGCAGUAUAACCUCAAGGCUACAGAAUGCUAUGAUAUUGUCGAUAUAGCACAAUCAUUUGUACCACCUUGUAAAAAUAACRCAKUGACAACUAAAAAARCACUYACAACUGAUGAAAAAGCAGCAAAGAAAGGAAUUGUUUCAGGAAAAAGUAGCUUUUCACAAAGAMGGAUUUCUCUGACAUCUGAAGGGAUGGCAGUCAAAGGGAUAAAUCCCAUUCUUAAUAAUUUUGCAAAGCUACAAACAAACAGCAAGAAAUCUACAGGGAAGGAAGGCAAGAAGACAACAGGAAGAUGCAAAUAAAAUUUAGGAUAUAACUAUUUAAGAUGGUUUAAAUAAGAAUUAAAUAUUUUGACUACAAGAUGAAAAUAU